CUAAGGUUUAAAAGCCCGUUGUGCGUAAUACCGCCAAUCCGGAUAAAAUAUAAUAUACCAAAUGUUUUUAUAACCGGUUCGCAAAAUCCCAGGCUGGAAACCAACGGACAAACGGAUUGCAUUUCGACGAACGAAACACUAAAAGCGGUAUUCGGGUUUAAAUUUAAGGAAAACGAGGACGAAAACGCCGCGGUUAAGGAAUGGUAUUAUUAA